CAUUCAUUCGCACGUGGACCGUGGCACGGUGACAGACUGCACAGUUUGCACUCGUCAGCUCCGUUUCAGAGAUACACACGUUGUGAAGCUUCACGGCGCUCUAUAAUCUUUGGCCCCACCUAUAAACUUUUGUGUGUUUUUUUUAAAUUCUAUGUUACUCGUGUCGAGUAGUAUUCUGACAUUCGAAAUUACAUCAAUUAGCUAAAAUUACUCAAAGAAAUAAUGGAUUCUCUGAAAAAAGGAUGGUUCAGUGAACUUGGAACGCUUUGGCCUGGAGAAGCUGCUUCGCUGGAAGUGGAGGAAGUUUUGUUUCAUGAGCGUUCAAAGUUUCAAGAUGUUCUCGUUUUCAAGAGUAAGACGUAUGGCAACGUUUUGGUGUUGGAUGGCGUCAUUCAGUGUACAGAGAGAGAUGAAUAUAGCUACCAAGAAAUGAUCACCUUUCUUGCCCUGAACUCUCACCCAUGCCCUGAGAAGGUUCUGGUAAUAGGCGGGGGCGAUGGAGGGGUCAUCCGUGAGAUCGUCAAACAUCCAGAUGUGGAUUCUGUUACACAAUGUGAAAUUGAUGGGUGUGUUGUAGAAGUUUCCAAGAAGUACCUACCUAACAUGUCUGCAGGAUACGACAGCCCAAAGCUUACACAGCACAUAGGUGACGGGUUCGCCUUCAUGAAGGAGAACAAAAAUGCCUUUGAUGUCAUCAUCACGGAUUCAUCUGAUCCUGUCGGACCAGCUGAAAUGCUCUUUGAGAAAGAAUACUAUGAGUUAAUGAAGAAUGCUCUAAAACCAGGAGGAAUCGUCAGCACCCAAGGAGAAUCAUUAUGGCUCCACCUGGAUCUGAUCAAGUCAAUGCAGAAGUUCUGUCGUUCAUUAUACCCAGUAGUAGACUACGCCUUCACAACGGUUCCCACGUACCCUUCUGGUCAGAUUGGCUUUACUCUCUGUAGUACGAAUCCAGAAACAAAUUUUCGAGAACCUGUGAAUAAAUUAUCCGACGAGCAGAUAAAAAAGAUGGGACUAAGAUAUUACAACUCUGACGUACACAAAGCUGCAUUUGUUCUUCCUCAGUUCGCAAGAGAGGCACUUCGGGAGAGCAGUGAAAACGGAGCAAUGGAGAACAAUGCCUAAUUGGACAAGAUAGAUCACUUACAUGCUGCAAAGUGUGACCACACUUCUUCACGUAUCCUGGUCCUGUUUCAUUGAGGCUUGUUAUAAGAACAAAUACAUGAUUUCUGUGACAAGUUUGCUGUCAGCCAAUGAAAUUGAAUGAUUUCAGUAGCUUUAAACUGUUAUUGCAAAUUUGUUUUUAUGAGUAGUUUUGUGAAACAGACCCCUGAAUUCAAGCUAAAACUUCAUCUUGCAGCUGGAAUAUUGUUAUAACAGAUUCCUGUGACCCUGUUCUCAUUAAAGUCUUCAAACUAGCUUAGUGGAAACUAAUUUAAGGUGUAAUGGGAAUGCUUGAAGCAGUCUUGGAAGCGAUCUUAAAGUGGUCUUUCAAACCACCUUUCGAUAUAGAUUUCAUGAUCGCUUUGCCUGUUAAACUGAUUUUAUGGUAGGUGAGGACACGACCUUCUUUCAAGGAGCGAUCUUCAAACAUGUUGGGCGAGCUACUCGACACAUUGUG